GAUCUAGUACGAGGACGCUAGCAAAGAAAAAUGGUAUGGCGGACGACAAUCACAUGUUUCCUGGUGCUAUAUACUUGUUAUAAAUCGGUUGCCCAGAGCGAAACAAAUAAUCCGAUAAAUACUUUGGAAUUAAAGGCAACACUACCUGAACCUCGAGCUUAUAUACCUGAUUCACAAUACUUGGAUUUCGUUUAUCACAAUCAUGAAGAAUUAACUAAAUUUUUAAGAUCAACUAGCGCUCGGUACCCUAAUUUAACAGCUUUAUAUUCAAUUGGAAAAUCGAUACAAGGCAAAGAUCUUUGGGUAUUAGUUGUGUCAUCGUCUCCUUACGAGCAUAUGGUUGGUAAGCCCGAUGUCAAAUACGUAGGAAAUAUACAUGGUAACGAGCCCGUCGGACGUGAGUUACUUUUGCACUUAAUUCAAUAUUUGGUAACAAGUUAUGAAAGUGAUCAAUACGUUAAAUGGUUGCUCGACAAUACACGCAUUCACAUAUUUCCUUCAAUGAAUCCAGAUGGUUUUGCUGUCUCAAAAGAAGGUACAUGUGAUGGAGGCCAAGGAAGAUAUAAUGCCCGUGGUUUUGAUUUGAAUCGAAAUUUUCCAGAUUAUUUUAAACAAAACAAUAAGAGGGGACAGCCAGAAACAGAUGCAGUAAAGGAUUGGAUUUCUAAAAUUCAAUUUGUUUUAAGUGGUAGUUUACAUGGUGGUGCUUUAGUUGCAAGUUAUCCAUAUGAUAACACGCCGAAUGCUAUGUUUCAAACGUACUCCGCAGCCCCUUCUCUAACACCUGACGAUGAUAUUUUUAAACAUCUUUCGCUGGUGUACGCUAAAAAUCACGCCAAAAUGUCAAGAGGAGUAGCUUGUAAAUCAGCAACGCCUGCCUUUGAAAAUGGCAUUACGAAUGGAGCUGCAUGGUAUCCUUUAACUGGCGGUAUGCAAGAUUAUCAAUAUGUUUGGUAUGGAUGUAUGGAGGUAACACUGGAAAUAUCAUGCUGUAAAUAUCCACCGUCAUACGAAUUAAAAAAAUACUGGGAAGACAAUCAAUUGUCCUUAAUAAAAUUUUUGGCUGAGGCACAUAGAGGAGUACAAGGUUUUGUACUUGAUUCAAACAAUGCACCAGUAGAGAGAGCAUCAUUAAAAAUAAAAGGUAGAGACGUAGGAUUUCAAACAACCAAACAUGGAGAAUUCUGGAGAAUUUUGCUGCCUGGCUACUACAAAUUGGAGGUUUUUGCUGAAGGAUUUAGUCCGCGUGAAGUCGAAUUUGUGGUGGUAGAACAACAUCCAACGCUGUUAAAUGUCACUUUACAGCCAUCCACGCGUACCGGUACUAUUCCUGUAUCUCAGUUAUAUCGGCCACUUCCAGGACCAUCUCCAAGUCAUAACUAUCGACCUUCACAAACUUAUAGCGACUCUGGAAUUUUCUCUUCUAUUACCAAUGGCCUAAACAAUUUAUAUUCUAAUAUAUUUGGCUGAUCGUUUAUGUUUUCCAACGAGGGGUUUCUCGAUAAUCGGAUCUUAUUUACAUUAAUAUUAUUUUUAUCAUCAUAUUAUUUAUUGUUAAACAGAAUGGAUGCUGAAGUUAAAUUAUUAUAAUUAUGUAUAUCUAUAAGAGUAUUAAUAAGACAAAAGUAGAUAAAUGACAAAAUAAAAUAUUUAUUUACAUAAAAA